AUGAAAAAGGUAGAACUUAACAAGUCCGAGUAUCUUUCAAAGGACAUACUCGAUGAAGACUUUUUGGUGGUGUUCCGACCGUUUCGACUAUUUCAAUUUGUGCUUGGUUCCUGCCGUGUUGACGCUCGCCACAGAUUCGUGACUACGCCUACGCGAUACCAAAAAUUUUACACUGCUGCCAUCAUACUAAUUAUAUUUAUAUCAUAUUCGGGAAUCGCUUGUUAUGCAUACGACAGAUAUCGAAAUUUCGACUACUUCUUCAAAUUGUCUUUAAUGAGUGAAAUCAUAUUUUUAUUCACCAGUAAAGUUGUAAUUUUCGUGGUCACAACUUUUGAGUAUGUUCUUAUCACAGUACAAAACAAUGGUCCAGAUCGCUUAGGCUUAGGAAUUUUGGCGACACUUACAUUAACAGAUAUUAUUGGCUUGCUCUUACUCUGCCUACGCUGUGAGCUUUUUGAGAGAGGUAUCAGAGAAGUCAAACUGGUGUCCAUUAAAGUCAUGUCUGUCUACCAUACUGGCCCCCUAAGGGACAAAGCUAAGAAGAUAUAUAGAGCAGUAGAAGACACAUUCCCCCGGUUCUCUGUUUACGACAUGUGGGAGCUGGACGCGAGACUUUUCAUCAGAGUGUGCAACGUGGUCACCGGGUUCUUUGUCACUUUACUUCAAUUUACAUAUCUGUAA